AUGGCCCACUACUCAUCCUACAACAUCCUCAUCAUCCUCAUCCUCACCCUCGGCUCGAUCUCCUACGGCUACGCAUUCAGCGUGACCUCCAACACGCUAGGCCAGCCCGGGUUCCUACACUAUUUCGGGCUAGACACCGAUCCCGGGUACGCUAACUCCAUCGAGGGCGCUAUCAAUGGGCUCUUUUCUGCCGGAGGGACGUUCGGCGCUCUCCUAGUAGGGUGGAUGAACGACGCCCACGGGAGGAAGAAGACGAUGAACCUCGCUGCAGUAAUAUGUAUUGUCGGGAGCGCGCUGCAGGCCGGCUCGGUGGGCGUGACCAUGUUCCUCGUCGCGAGGUUUGUGACAGGGUGGGGGAUAGGAAUGAUGGUUGUCCUCAUCCCGAUCUUCCAAGCUGAGGUGUCGCCUCCCACGUCCAGGGGCCUCCUGGUAGGGCAACACGGCUGGGUCGGCGUGGGCACGUUCUACUCCUCAAACCUAAGUUUCCAAUGGCGCUUCCCUAUAGCCGUCUCCUGCCUCUGGCCAGCAGCACUGCUCCUCUUCAGCCCCGGCGUGCCAGAGUCACCUCGUUGGCUACUGCUCAAAGGCAGGCAAGCCGAAGCCUGGGCCAUCAUCUCCCGUCUUCACAGCCGACCUAACGACCCCGACCAAAGUUACGCCCAAGCCGAGUUUCGUCAGAUGUCCCAGCAAGUGCUGCUCGACCAAGCGGCGUGGGAGCGCGGAGGGGGCCCGUGGCAGGUCGUCACCAAGCCUUCGUAUAGAAAACGGAUGUGGAUGGGGUUCUUUACUCAGUAUGCGGCGCAGACGACGGGGGCGAUGGUCGUUUACAAUUACAUCGUAUUGCUGUAUGAAGACCUUGGGUAUACGGGAGCGACGGUCCUCAUGCUCGGAGCGGGGUACGUCACUGUCGCCGCUGCCGCCAACUUCCUCGCGUCGUUCAUAAUGGACUACCUCGGCCGAUGUUCCAUUCUGAGCAGCGAAGUCAUUGGCCUGAGCGGGUGUAUGCUCAGCCUAGCCUGCGAGAGCGCCAUGACGGCGCAAUACGCGGGCACGUCGAACAAAGCCGGGAACGCCUGGGGCGUCGUGUUCAUCUUCAUCUUUAUCUUCUUCUACGCCGGGGGGAUAGACGCGACGUCCUACGUGUACUGUUCCGAGAUCUUCCCGACGCAUAUCCGGAGUCAGGGCAUGGCGUUCUCCAUGCUUGGCACGUUUUUGUCCACUGUCGCGUACCUCGAUGCUGCUCCGACCGCGCUGGCGAGGAUUGGAUGGUGGUACUAUGUGUUUUUUAUAUGUAUGACGGCGGUGAAUAUCGGUGUGAUGUGGUGGGUUUUCCCCGAGACUAAAGGGCUGUCGCUGGAGGAGAUUAAUGGGACGUUCGGGGAUGAGGUUGUCUCGCCUCUGGAGGAGGAAAAAGAAGUUUUCCGAGAUGAACGAACAACUAAAAUUACACGAAAUGAUGGAAAGUAG